AGUCUGGUCGAGUUUGGUCGCGGCAACUGACGGCGGUGUAUCGGGCGUCGUUCCUGACGGAAUUAUAUCGUUUUGAAACCAACGCCAGUCGUACAAAUAGGAUUUUUCAAAUCUUGGUGAAUACGUAUCGUGAGCCGAUCGGACAAGGUUAGUCAACUCGUCCAAAUUGCUUGGCGUCGGUGACCACCGAAAGGCCACGACGUGCGAAACAACGCUCAGACCGAAGUUCGGACAGGUCGAGUUUCGAGUUCGAAGCACGCGUGAACACGUGCGCUUGGUGUGUCUCUCGACCAACACGGCCAAACUUGACGCGAUACAUCAAAAUACAUAUAUACAUACAUACCGUCCCGCGAGGUCUCUAGAGGUUAAGGUCCGGAGAUUCCCAGAAGAUAGCGCUGCUGCCAAAUUUUCGUCACGCGCGGCGCCCCACAGAUAUCGAGCUUUUCAAGCACCAGCGACUGCGAGACGUUUAAUGCGAAUCCUUGCCAUCCGUGAAAGGAAGAUGGACGUAACGAUGACGGAGUUCGAGGAGAGCGUGUCCUUCGACGUCGACGACCCGGACUUCGCGCCUUCGACUCCUCUCGUUGCACAGACCGUCCUUACGGACGUCAAUCUGAAAGAGAUCGCCUUCAGCGUUAACGUUGCCAGCAACUGCACCAACAUGUCUGUCACGUCUGUUCAAAGCAACACCGAGAGCCUCUCUCGUCACGGGAGCAACGUAUCCUUGUCCUGCCACAGUCUGUGCGGAAGCGUUGACGAUGGGCUCCAGGGUUCUCAUCCUCAGUACCAAGACACCAUCUUGACCAUCGAGGAGCUACGUGCCCAGCUCAACUCCUGCUUUACGUGCGGAGUGUCGUGGAGCGAAGAACACGUCUCGCUGGACUGCAGCGAGUGCGGUGGUUAUUCUCUUCAGAGACCGUGCCCCUUGUGCGACGGACGUUGUCACACGUCAUGGAAACGGGAUCUUACCAUGUCCCAUGCCAGCGGUAAGGCACGGUGGAUCGGCGAAUGCGGUUUAAGCUGCGGCCCGUCCUUGGAUGAAUCUUUGGUGCCUGCGUUGGAAAAAUUACGAGCCACCUCGUGAGCAGAGCCCGUCACCGAUGGCGCGGCUGCAACCAUGCACAAGACUUAACCAUCACCAUCCAUCAGUGUGUCAUUUGCCACCCAUCAUCGUGCAUAUCCAUACGAAUGAAUGCGAACCUGUCCUUAAGGCGAGAAAAGCUCUCGGCGAGCGAGGCGGGAGGAAUGAGAGAGGCGGCGCCACGUCGUCGUCGGUUUUCGUAAAGUCCACAUCGUUGAUUGCUAGAUUUAAUUAGAGCGAAUACGUCAUUCUACGUCGCCUUCGUCGCGUCGUCCUGAUCACCGCUACCACCAAAGGAUCUGAAUGUGCAACGUCCAAGGGUGGACUCACCGAAUAUGUUAAUGGACAACUGCAUACUGGACUAAGCGGAAAUUGCAACAGGGCGGUUUCGUUUGAUUAUCGACCAAUAUUCUGGCAAUGGCUCCAAAUCACCAGGAAUUAGGCAAGGGAGAACGCUAGGCUUUGUCCCCUUCCGAGAAAAUGGUCCCCCUUUCCAGAUCUUUACGCCAAAGUCACUGAAGAGGUAACAACAUUUACAAGGUGUGCUCAACAAAUUAUCAGUGGUCGACUGGACAGCGAGAUAUAAAUUACGAUUCUCCUUCGAAGAUUUCGUCAAUUGUAAUCAACUUUUGAUCAGCGGUUCUGAAUCGGCGAGGAUUACGCGAAGAAAGACAUAUCUAUCGGUCAUCGGUUCCAUUCUCAUUUGAGUGAGUUACACACACACACACAGACACACACACGCAACAUACACCCACACCUACACCUACACCUUGCGUGACAUCGCUGAGGAAAGUAGAAUAUUAGAGGGAAGUACAGGGGAUCCACGGUGUGUAUAAGUUACUAUCGGAUACAUUCGUUAUUAGGAGGUCGUCAACCAACUCGUUAGCGUUAUGUCGAUGACUCUUGAACAAACACCGAAAAAAGCCAUCCAAGUAUCAAAUCCUACUUCUGAAUUCUUGACAACUCGGUUACAUGCAAAAAUUUAUUCAGACUCGUUCAUUCUCGAUAAUGUCAACCGUGAUUGUAGUUGCUAGUUCGCGAGCAAUUUAGGAAUAAUAUAAGUCAUCAGCGCGAAGAUACGAGUAUGCGGUUUGGAUAAAUUUUUGACCCUCCUCUGCUCAUGACAUCAGAGAUCGUUGGCGACCCCGAAUCACUUUUUUGCGAGAUUUGAAACAUAUUGCAUUGGCCUCCGGAGACCAGGAUAUGUUUUUAUGUUAAUGUGAACUUUAGAGUAUAAGUUAAAGCGAUAAAACAGCCGAUCGACGAAUCGAAGAACUGCAUUGUAAGGCAGACCGAACAAUUUGGAUUGUAAAACCAAUUUUGAAAGUAGUUGAAUAGUUUUUUUUUUUUUCGGAAAUUAAUCGGACAGUGAUAUUAUUCAUACUAAAAAGUCUCGAAAUUCAGAAACAGUGCUGUUUUGUGCGAUUCGAAAAUUAUACGCUACCUUCUCAUAUAAUUUCUUUGAUUUGAUCGAUAUAUUUCGGCGUUAAGCAGAGCCAAACUGAGAUCAAGUGAAAUCAAAGACAUGAAAAUGGCGAGAAUUUGUUAGGAAGACAAAAUAUCUAGUGUAAGUGUUUUUAGCUAACGCGAAAUGACUUAAAGAAGCAUUUAUGUCGACGAGAAAUAAGAUCCUGAAUUUAUAUAUCAUUACUUCAGCGAUUUUGUCAAUUCAUUUGUAGGCCUAUCACAACCGACAGACAAUUUCGGCCGACACAUGUUCCAUUGCGCGGAAUUCAUACUCAUCCGAAAUUCAUCGCCAUUUAAGUUAAAAGUAAUUGUAAAACUUUCCGAAGUAUUAUCUCAAGACAGAUCUUAGUUGUAUCGCUCUAGAAUUUUUCUUCGGUUGUAAUUUUUAUUUAAUCUCUCUGUAAAAUUAUUAUUUAUGACCAUAUGCUUUGAAAUUAUGGGCUUAAUAAAUAAUAUUUGUCAA